UAUGACAAAUCAGAAGUGAAAUAAUUGUGAAACAGCAAGCAACAGGCUGUGCAAAAUCCAAUCGGGGAAAAAAACCAUUUGGCACCAACGCUACCAGACGUGAGACUCUUCAAAGAGACAAGCAAAUACCCACAAAGUUGUAGAAAUGCCUACCGCCACUGCUGCCGCACAUUUGCCCAUUCAGAAGCGGAAAUAUCAUGAGCACAGCGGCGAGCCUGGCUGCCAGGGCCUGGAGGAGAUGAAUCGCAUGUUCCGCAAUUUCUGGGAUCCCACCGCAUUCUGGGUGUGCGAUAAGCAGGGCACACGUGCCCGCCUACAACACUGCCCCAAGUCACAGCUGUACUCCGAGGAGCUGGGACGCUGUGUACACUAUGCGGACUGGUCGUGGUCGGACUUCAAAGAGCCGCCAAGCCGGCCCAAGGCAACCAACACACAGUCGGUGUCCACUCAGUAGUGGACUCACUUAGUUAUACUCCUAAUCGUAAUGCCGUUAGAUAUAUUUUAUGCUAAGCCCAAAAACCACAAACAUCCUCAAUUAGCAAUUACGUUAUCGCUAUGAUAUUUAUCUUUACAAAAAAACCUUUAUUUUUUCAAUGAAAAUAAGAAAACAGAAAAAUAAUCAGUACAAAA